AUGCUUCGGCUAAAGGCCAUUUCACGCCAAUUUAUUUUAACUAAUUUUACAAGUUCUACUUCAACGAAACAAACAUUUGUUAAAGCUGCAAACAUGUCUACCUCUGCAGUUGAUACUACCGGGUUUAAAUACAACCACACCAUGAUUCGCAUUAAAGAUCCUAAGAUUAGCGUUCCUUUUUACGAAAAAAAUUUUGGCAUGAAGUUGUACGGAAAAUAUUCUUUUAAAGGAUUUGGAUUUGACAUCUACUAUCUUGGCAUUGAAAGUGCAGUUCCCGCUGGAACUCCAUGGUACAAGAGGGAAGGGCUUCUGGAGCUGACUCAUAAUUAUGGAACUGAGAAUGAUGAAUCUUAUACCUUGAAUAAUGGCAACAAAGAACCUCAUCGUGGCUUUGGUCAUAUUUGCUUCAGUGUUGAUAACAUUACUGUUGCUUGCACUCGUCUUGAAGAUAAUGGUGUCAAGUUUCAAAAGAAAUUGACAGAUGGUCGUCAAAAGGAUAUUGCUUUUGCUCUCGAUCCUGAUGGAUACUGGAUUGAAUUAAUUUCUAACAAAAGCAUUGAACCUAAGGCAGAAACUACUGAUAUUACCAAAUACAAGUACAAUCAUUCCAUGAUUAGAGUCAAAGAUAUUAAGGCUUCUCUUAAGUUUUACCAGGAAGUUCUUGGAAUGAAACUUAUUAGAACUUUGGAGUUUCCCGAAGCCAAAUUCUCUUUGUACUUUUUAGGUUACUCUGACACUCCAAAUGAGGAGGAUCAUUCUAAUCGUGAAGCUCUUCUGGAAUUGACUCAUAACUGGGGUACCGAGAAUGAUCCUGAUUUUAAGUACCACAAUGGUAACGAUGCCCCUCAGGGUUAUGGCCAUAUUGGUCUUACUGUGCCUGAUGUACCAAAGGCAAUGGCAGAAUUUGAGGCUGCUGGUGUCUCCAUUAAAAAGAGGGUUACUGAUGGCAAGAUGAACUUUAUUGGUUUCAUUUUGGACCCAGACAACUACUGGAUUGAAAUUCUUCCCGAUCAAGAUCUCCCCGAAAUUAAAUGGGACUAA